AUGGAUCAAAGAGUGUGUUACCACUCCUACCUUCUUGGUGGCUAUAAAUGGAGAGCAUCAUGGGUUUUUUCAAGGCAAAAGAGGAUUGAGGCAAGGGGUCCUCUUUCGCUUUACUUGUUUACACUAGUUAUACAAGUGUUAUCUCUCAUUAUUCGUCACAAAAUUUGGCAAAGAGAGGAUUUCAAAUAUCGUCACCGUUGUGAUAAGCUUGGAAUAAGUCAUCUUUGCUUUGCAGAUGACUUAUUCCUCUUCUACCACGGGGACUUUUACUCGGUUCAAGUGCUUCAUGAUGCUCUUAUAGAGUUCUCUGAAUUUUCUAGCCUGGUUCCCAACAUUGCCAAAAGCUCCACAUUGUUUUGUAAUGUAAAAGAUAAGCACUGGGCUGUUAUCAACAAUAUUAUGGGUUUUGCUGAAGUUGUUCAGACAAUAGAAAAACUUUUGCACUCUUCUCUCUGGUCGGGCACUGAUAUGUGUAAAGGAAAGGUAAGGAUUGCUUGGAAAGAUGUGUGGAGUCCUAAAAAUGAGGGUGGUAUGGGGAUUCGAUCCCUCAAAAGUAAGAACAUUGCUUUGAUGAUGUACCACCUUUGGAGUAUUUUGUCUAUAAGUGACUCUUUGUGGGUCAAAUGGAUCCAUACCUACAAGCUAAGGGGGAAGAGUUUUUGGAAUAUUCGUAUUGCUUGGGAUGCUAGUUGGUGUUGGCGUAAAUUAUUGAAAAUGAGAGAUCAAGUCAGAAAUCAUAUUCGGAUAGAUCUUGGAAAUGGUCAGGAUACUUUUUUGUGGUUUGAUAAUUGGCAUCCACAAGGACCCCUUGACAAGAUUAUUCCUUCACGGAUCUUCUAUGUUUCAGGCUUACGGCAUAAUGCCCGAGUUAGUGAUAUCAUUAGAAAUGACCAUUGGGAGUGGCCUAAAGUUCUUGGGGAGGAUUACCCGUGUGUAACCACUUACACUCCUCAUAUUUCCAUGGCUGGAACUGAAUUUUUGAGUGUUCAAGAACAUGCUAAGAAGUACAGAUAUUUUGGAAGUUUUACUGUUUGGGGAGCUUUUGUGUCCCUUUCAAUUAUCGUAGAGGGAGCAAUUGUGGUUAUGAAGGUGCAUAAUGAAUAUGGUGUUGUUGGGAUAAGGAGAGGAAGCCUGUUAUUUGGGCAGGGAAGCUGGCUGGUUAUUUUGGUUUGA